GUUUUUUUUUUUUAAGUAUAGUUUUAAAUUUUAUUUUGAUUAACCUAACAGUUUCAUUAAACUUUAAGUUUUGACUUUAGUUGUAGUUCACUUUCAUAAUAACUCAGGCACUGCAAAGGUUUUUUGUGCUUUUGUACCAAAACUAAGCAAAAAGCUAAGAGCGAACACUGAACUGAAGAUGUGCACACAUGAAACUGAAAUGAGAAAGAAUUACAGUAAAUGUCUUUAGUUUUAUUUAUUUUUUUGUAAGGUUGGUCAAAUUUGUUUACACAACUGGCCCGAUGAAGCAUUGCUGCAUCUGAUUAUUGAGUCUGGUAUUUCUACAUGACUGUGAGUAAAAAAAACCCGCAUAAAGCUUUCUGUUGAAUUUUGGUUCUAUUCUAUUCUGCUCUGUCCCCAAAUCUUCCCCCUGAAAACCCUUCACAUUACAGUAAUUAUGAUUCAGUCUAAAACUGAAAGUAAUUACACUGAUUAAAUAACACAGUAAAAAUGAAAGUGAACUAAGAGAAAAAAUAUAAAGAAAUAAAAGUGGAAAACUGUAAUAAAUCCAGUUGGGUUUUUUUUUUCUUUUUUGGAAAGGGCAGAAGUUUAAACUGUUCCAAAGUUAACUGAAGGACAAGAGAUUGAAAAAAGCAGCUUUGAAUUCAUGUCUAAAGGAUGCGUAGUGUUGGAGGGAUGUCAGCUAAAGCUCAACUAUGUAUUAUCACUUUUUACCACAAGAGGAAGCAGUGAGUUAGUGCACCUUUUAUUUAACCGUUGUGGUCGGCAUCUGGGGGAAAAGACAAAGCCUCGGAAGGAAUAGGGAGUAGGACUUAAAAGAAAUGUCAGAAAUUAAAUUAAAGGCAGCACACAUCCCAAAACAUCUCAAUACUCCCACUGGUAAAAUGCUGCCCCCUGGUGGUAAUAGAUAUAGUUGCAGAGGGUAAUUACGAAACGUAGCUUUACCUCUCACAAAAUUGAGCUAUUUCAGCAACUAAAGUGCUAUAUGUUACACAAGUAUCGUGUUUUUACAGCUCUCUUGGUGUAUCCCAUCCAUUUAGUGUUUCAUUUAUCUGUUACAGAUCAGCUAAAAUGACUAAUUUUAUGAUUAAAAAUAUCUCAAAAGUGCAAAAAUAUACAAUUGCUCACUCUCUAGAUGGUUGACUACAGACAGAUGGAAAGAGACAGGCUGUUUUUUCAGGGAAGGAGACAAGGGAGGAGGGAGCAGAGUGAGAGACUGUGGAGGGAUAAAUCGACAAGAGCGAGGGAGGGAGCAAAACAAAGCAGCCAUUUCUGUGGCAGUACUGUGAGGUAAACAGAGAGAGAGCUGGCAGAGACUUCGGUUAAAGCUGACCGAUCGGUGGAGCGAUCAGCUGUGGAUCUGCAUUCCUGUUCUGCUCAGCAGCUUUGCACCAUGACAGCUGGAGAAGAUAAGAACUUUGAGGAUGAGGACUCUGUGGACGGAGGCCGGUCCUCCUCCUCCUCCUCCAAAGCACCACCCAGUGGCAGGAGGACUGUAGUGAGCUCUGUCAGAAGACCCAGCUCAGCCACCACGCCAAAGCCCACGGGUAAAGAAGCUGCUGCUGGUGCUGUUGAUGAAGAGGAUUUCAUUAAAGCCUUUGAAGAUGUGCCCUCGGUCCAGAUCUACUCUAACAGAGAGCUCGAGGACCAGCUGACCAAGAUCAGAGAAGUGCUGUCUGAUGACAAACAUGACUGGGAGCACCGAGUGGUUGCGCUGAAGAAGGUCCGUUCCAUCAUGUUGGCGGGGGCCACUGAUUAUGAAGGUUUCCCUCAGCAGCUUCGACUUCUUGAGGCUUCCUUCAAGCUGUCAGCUAAAGACCUGCGCUCCCAGGUGGUCCGAGAGGCCUGCAUCACGCUGGGACAUUUGUCAUCGAUUCUCGGUAACAAGUUUGACCACGCGGCCGAGAGCGUCAUGCCAACCCUGCUGAAUCUCGUGCCCAACAGUGCCAAAGUCAUGGCCACGUCCGGGAUGGCCGCCAUCCGUCUCAUCCUCAGGCACACACAUUACCCACGGCUCAUCCCCAUCAUCACCAGUAACUGCACCUCCAAAUCAGUCGCAGUCAGACGACGCUGUUACGAGUUUCUCGACCUCAUGCUGCAGGAGUGGCACACCAAUACACUGGAAAGGCACGUGGCAGUUCUCACUGAGACCAUCAAGAAAGGAAUCCACGAUGCUGACUCUGAAGCCAGAUCCAUUGCUAGAAAGUGCUACUGGGGCUUUCACGGCCACUACAGCCGGGAGGCAGAACAUCUUUUCCAGGCGCUGGAGGCCACCUAUCAGAAGGCCCUCCAGUCUCACCUGAAGAGCUCAGACAGCAUCGUGUCUCUGCCCCAGUCAGACCGGUCCUCGUCGUCUUCGCAGGAGAGUCUAAACCGGCCACUGUCUGUGAAGAGCGUGAUUGGAGGAAGCAUGACGAGAAGUAAGCUUGUGGGAUCCAGGGUGCCGUCCACUCCAGGAUCCCUCCAACGCUCCCGCAGUGACAUCGACGUAAACGCCGCCUCCAGCGCCAAGUCUCGUCUGUCCACUGUUCCCGCCUCCUCGCCGUUCAGCUCUGCAGCUGCUCUUCCACCAGGAUCCUACGCCUCUUUAGAUGGCACUCCUGGUAAAAGUGAUGGUCGCGUUCGCACAAGGAGACAGAGCUCGGGCAGCGUUGGCGGAGCCAGCUCUUCUUCAGUGGUGGACAGCAGGGGGCGAAGUCGGGCCAAAGUGGUCUCACAGUCCCAGCGAUCAAGAUCAGCCAAUCCCAUCAGUGCCGGUAGUCGCUCCAGCUCUCCGGGUAAGCUACUCAGUCACAGCAGCUACGGACGGAUCCCUCGAGCCACGGCAUCAGCCUCCACCACUCCGGCAGACAAGCGCAGCAGGAUCCCUCGCAGCCAGGGCUGCAGCCGGGAAACCAGCCCCAGCCGAUUAGGCCUUGCCAGCCUGUGUGGUAAACCUCUUCUUCCUGCUGCUCUCCCCUACCGCACGCUAGCCCGGAGCCGCAUUCCCCGUCCCAGCAUGAGUCAAGGUUGCAGUCGCGACACCAGUCGUGAGAGCAGCCGUGACACCAGCCCCGCUCGGGGCUUCACUCCUCUGGCCUCCCGACGUCACUCCCGUUCAACCAGCGCUCUCUCCACAGCCGACCCCCACGGCCAGUCAGACCGGUACGGUUUGGUGCAUCAAGCAAGAAUUUCUGCGUCCGUUAAUGCCAUGAGGGUCCUAAACACCGGCACAGAGGUGGAGGCAGCAGUCGCUGAUGCUCUGCUUUUAGGAGACUCCAGGAAUAAGAGGAAGACAUUGAGACGGAGGUACGAAUCCCCGGGGAUGUACUCUGACGACGAUGCCAACAGCGACGCAUCUAGCGCAUGCUCGGAGCGCUCGUACGGGUCACGAAAUGGAGGAAUCCCACAUUACUUGCGCCAGACGGAGGAUGUGGCUGAGGUCCUGAACCACUGUGCCAGUUCCAACUGGUCUGAGAGGAAGGAGGGCCUGCUGGGCCUGCAGAACCUCCUCAAGAGCCAACGAAUACUGAGUCGCGUGGAGCUGAAGAGACUUUGUGAGAUCUUCACACGGAUGUUUGCAGAUCCUCACAGCAAGAGAGUCUUCAGCAUGUUCCUUGAAACUCUCGUGGACUUCGUCACAGUACACAGGGAGGACCUGCAGGACUGGCUCUUUGUCCUGCUCACCCAGCUGCUGAAGAAGAUGGGCGCAGACCUGCUUGGCUCAGUCCAGGCCAAAGUCCAGAAAGCCCUGGAUGUCACAAGGGAGUCCUUCCCAUUUGACCAGCAGUUCAACAUUCUGAUGAGGUUUAUUGUGGAUCAGACUCAGACUCCAAACCUCAAGGUGAAAGUGGCCAUUUUAAAGUACAUCGAGUCCCUGGCACGGCAGAUGGAUCCCACAGACUUUGUCAACUCCAGCGAGACUCGGCUCGCGGUGUCUCGCAUCAUCACCUGGACCACUGAACCAAAAAGUUCAGAUGUGCGGAAGACCCUUCAUAACUGGGUGAGCGAGGAGCUAGCAGGCAGGUCCAGCACUGCAGCCUUACUGCAGUCAACUGAGGGCAACCAGGAAGAAAGGUGUAAGCAGGCGGCACAGGUGGUGCUGAUUGCUUUGUUUGAGCUCAACACCCCAGAGUUCACCAUGCUGCUGGGAGCACUGCCCAAAACUUUCCAGGACGGCGCCACCAAGCUGCUGCACAACCACCUGAAGAACACGAGCAACACCAGCAGCAAUGUGGGCUCUCCGAGUAACACUAUUGGCCGAAUACCGGCUCGUCACACACCCAGCAGGACCAGCCCUCUCACCUCACCGACAAACUGCUCCCAUGGAGGACUCUCUCCAAGUCGGUUAUGGGGUUGGGGUGUCGACGGACUAUCAAAGCACCCGCCUGCCCCUCCUCCUCCUCCUCCUACGCCUCACUCCACCUCUGCUGCCCCCACCAUAAGGGUCCUGCGCAGAGCGUAUUCACCCAGCAUGAUGGAGUACGACACGGAGAACAUGAACUCAGACGAGAUCUACAGCUCGCUGCGUGGCGUCACUGAAGCCAUCCAGAGCUUCUCCUACCGGAGCCAAGAGGAUCUGAACGAGCCUAUUAGACGGGAGGCAAAGAGGGAUGAUGCAGCAGGGAGAGAAGGAGUAGCUUCCUCUCCUGGGUCUGAUGCCCGGCUCGGCUUAGACGUGGUGGAAGGCGGUCGCACUGCCUUGGACAACAAAACUUCGCUGCUCAACACGCCAUCGCCGCGCUCCUUCUCUGGGCCGCGGACUCGAGAAUUUGCCCCAUACGGCUACGGAGAAACCAUUUGCACGUACGACAAGAGCGCCCUGAAGGAGGCUGUGUUCGACGAUGAUGUGGAACAGUUCAGAGACUGCCGACGUCAGGAAAGCGGCGAAAACAAGAUGGCACUCUCCAAGGUCUUUGCUCCUGCAGUCGGGCAGGAUCACUCAGACCUGGUGGCCGAUCUUUUGAAGGAGCUGUCCAAUCACAACGAGCGCUCAGAGGAGCGUAAAGGCGCCCUGGUGGAGCUGCUGAAGAUCACACGGGAAGACAGCAUGGCUGUGUGGGACGAACAUUUCAAAACCAUCCUCCUCCUCCUGCUGGAGACCCUGGGUGAUAAAGAUCACACCAUUCGAGCUCUGGCUCUGCGAGUGCUGAAGGAAAUUCUGAGGAAUCAGCCUGCCCGCUUUAAAAACUAUGCCGAGCUGACCAUCAUGAAGACACUGGAGGCGCACAAAGACUCUCACAAGGAGGUUGUGCGUGCAGCCGAGGAGGCGGCGGCGACGCUGGCCGGCUCCAUUCACCCGGAGCAGUGCAUCAAGGUGCUGUGCCCCAUAGUGCAGACGGCCGACUACCCCAUCAACCUGGCAGCCAUCAAGAUGCAAACCAAAGUAAUUGAACGCAUCGCCAAGGAAUCACUGCUGCAGCUGCUGCCCGACAUCAUCCCCGGACUCCUGCAGGGCUAUGACAACACAGAGAGCAGCGUUCGCAAGGCCAGUGUGUUCUGUCUGGUGGCUAUCUACUCUGUGAUUGGUGAGGAGCUCAAACCCCACCUGGCACAGCUUACGGGAAGCAAGAUGAAGUUACUGAACCUGUACAUCAAGCGUGCUCAGACGACAAACAGCAAUAGCAGCAGUUCCUCAGAUGUCUCCUCUCACAGUUAAUGGAGGUGGUUUCAUCCAUUCCAAGACUCCAGAUCAGACUUCUCUGUCUCUGAGCAUCACCCUCCUCAUCACGGCUCUGCAGCUCAUCCUUUCGACCCCAUUUUGUUCCUUCGUGUCAUCCGGCUCCGCUCUGGAAAUAUCUGAACGGGACUGCUGUCCUGGUUUCAAGUUGGUGGGGAAGGAUUGGACACAUUUGGAUUUUUGGAUUUAGGAUAUGGCGCUUUCUCCUCCUCCUGUGGGUCCCACCAUCUCCACAUCAGCUCCAAUCUGUUUCUCCUUCAUCCCUUCUGCUUUUAGAUUUGUUUCUAUAAGUGGAAAAUAUUCACAUCAAAGAAAUGUUUCAGAUCAUCUUCAGUUUGGGAUGAAAUGUCAUUUGGCUGGCCCAGUGAUGGCAACAAGCCCAUAAAGUGUGCAGUGAAUUCUGUUUUAAGGGCAUGAAGACCAAAUAUUGCAAGGCGGAAAAAAAAUUAGAUAUGGACAGAAAGACAAAACGAGGAAGUCCUAUGUGAGCAUUUUAGUUCAAGGCUCAUAUUUGAUUGUAAUUUCUUUUUUUUUUUUAUGCGCUCGUUUCUCUUUAGGAGUGGCUUAAAACCCAAACUGUCACGAUUACAAAACAGAUCUCAUGUCUAAACAGAACUGACAAUCCUUCACAUUUCGUGCAGAUCUUUUAACAGAGAACACAAACCACCGUCGCUACAUGGAGUGGAAGCUAAGCCUGUUAAAAGCCGUGACGUUUGUGUCGUUUUUAACUUCCUGCUUCCAUUUGUGUCUGAGCACUUACUCUGUCUUACAGGAAGUCCUUUGUAAAUACAGCAGAUGAGGAGUUGGGGGAGAACAGGCCUUACAUUUGUGGACUGCAGAGAGUGAACGGGAUGUACGGCGCCGUCACUCUCGGCUCUUUAAAAAAAAAGAAGAAAGAAAAACAAACAAAAAAAUGUGAAUCUGCAGCAGAAGCCUCCCCAGCGGGCGGCGUCGCUCUCAGACAUGUGAUCGUGCAAACACAGUAUUACUCGUUUCCUCUUUCACGGCUUCUGCAAUAACCACAAAGAAAUCAAAGGUGUUUUGUACAUACACUUUCUGACCGCUGCUUCACGGAAAAGCAGACUUUUAAUUUUUUUGGCUUGCAUGAACCUGCGGCACGCGUCAACUCAGUGCUGCGUGGAGAGCCCGGAGCUUCUUCGGCUGUUAAAGUGCACUUUUAACAUCAUGAGAUCACUCGACUCUGAGGAGGCGCUCGUACGGAAAAGGUACACACUCUGUGUUUAAUUUAUUCUGCUGUAAAGUUUUAAGUGGUGGAUUCCUGCUGUGAAGCACUUCAUCGAUUCCCUGAUUGGGAAGAAGUUUCUCAGUCUGAUCAGCUUUUAAUUAUUGGACCUGAUUUGGUUUUCAUGGUCAGUUGAUCUGCUGUAGUUUUUUCUUUAUAAUACUCUGAAUAAUGAAUAAUAAUGCUGAUUCCUGAUUUGUUGAAAUCCGCUGAGAAUGGUCCAACUCUGCUUCUUUAAGGAAAUGAAUGUACAGAAACAACACAGUGAAUUUGCUGGUACUCAAAAGGAUUUAACUUUUUCUUUCUCAUCGUCCUUCAGCACGCUCAUUUAAUCCGCUGCGUUUUUACCAGAAAAGCAAACCUGCAUACUGGUGAAAACCCACCAAUCUUCUCGCAUCUGUCGUCUCGUCGCUGGAUCUAAAACAGACGCGACGGCGUUCCUUACAGACUGUUCACUAUGCAUGUUCAGCAGUCUUUCUUUGGCUUCACGCGCUCAUGUAAUAUUCACACCUGUAUUUAUAUAUUUUAUUUGAUCUUAUUGUAUUUAGUUCUGUCAUGAUGAGCUGUACAGAAGGUUUUUUGUUUAGUUUUUUUAUGUUAACAUCAAUGUGUGAUCAGUUUGCAGCGAUGUAAAAAACUGUUUGCUGUAGAAAUAAAAAGACCGAGAACUGA